AUGCCAAUUGAGACUGAGCAGUCGAAACUUGAGCAGCCGUGGAAAAAGUGGCACAGCUCCUUGAAACCACUGAGCCGCAAAGAUGUUAGGGAAGGCAACGUAAUCCUGUUGAAUGCAGACAGUGCACACGGGACCACUGCUGUUGACCAGAAGGAUUUGGAUCUGAGGGCAGAGAAGAAAAUUCCCAAGAUGUAUUUGAAGUCCAUACCUGUGACCUUCUCCUAG